UUAAAUAAUAAUUUUUUAGGAUCCAAAACGUUCUUCUUAUGAAGAUCCAUAUCCUACAUGGAAGAGUAAUCCUGUGCCCCAUCAUAUAAAUCCGCACGAAGGCUAUGUUAAUUUAAAUUUAGAAGAAUAUCCAUGGUUUUCAGGAACAAUGGACCGUGAUACUGCCACUGCUAAAAUAGAAAAACUUCCAACUGGAACAUUUUUGCUUAGAAUAAGUCCUAAACAAAAUGGAGCAUAUGUAAUUAGUCUUAAUUACGAUAACAAUGUAAAGCAUAUGAAAGUAUAUACGAGAGAAGGUGGCCAGCUGUAUUAUUUAUCAGAAUCAAAGUAUUUCAAAAGUGUUGUUGAAUUAAUAAAAUGGUAUGAAGAAAAUAGUUUGGCUGAUAGCUUCCAUGGUCUAAAUAGUAAAUUAUCUUAUCCAUUUAAAAUGAUUGUAUCCAAUAACGUAGAGCCUUUGGGUUAUGCUACAGCCAUAUACAAUUUUUCUCCUGAAACUCCAAAUAUGUUAGCUUUAAAGAAAGGUGAUCGAGUGACCAUUUUAAGCAAAGCAGGUGGAAAAAAGGGUUGGUGGAAAGGACAAAUAGGAGAAAGGAUUGGUUACUUUCCGCUUACGUACGUUUCCGAAGUCAAUGAUUAAAAAUCCUUCCGUCAUCAUAUUUCAUAUAUUGUGUAUAUUGUAAAGUUGAGUACAAUUCGGUUAUAUAUUAGGUCCUUUCGAGGACAAUGCGAUUUACUGUGCGUAGCGUAUCAUGUAUAGAAUUCAGCUUUUUGAAGUCAUCGUUGCUUGUUAUCUUUGAAAUCGCAUUUGUCAUUUCUGUUUCCCAGCCAUUAACUGCCUUUUUUGGUAGUUUUUUUCACAUUGUACAGAUAUUCAAGUCCAAUUAAUCGGUAAGAAGUUCAUUUUUUAAAUCAGUACAUUCAAUAAGUUUGCUAUAAAAACAUUUCUAAUUUAAAAAGAAAUUGAAAAUUUAUUUCAAUUCGUUUUUUGACUUUUUGAUAGAACGAUAUUUUUCGCAGCCAGAUUUACAGGACAAAUCACCACUUAAUAAUUGUUAAAAUAUCAUUUUAAUUGAAUGUUAAAAGAAUCGUAGUGCACAAUUAAUUUUAUAUUUAUCGGAAUACUUGUGUGAUAUUUUAACACGGGAAAAGUCUCCCCCGUUCGUCUCGGACUCUAAUCGACAAAGUAUAAUUAGGAGUUUUUCCAAGUGCCGAAUAUACAUAUAUAGAUUACAUAAUAUAUAUAUGUAUAUUUGUUUUAAUAUUUGUGUAUCAUAUAUUAGUGUAGUCAAAGAAAGGAAAAUCAUUCUGAUUUUUAAAAGUAUUUUGGUAAUAUUCAAAGAUUUAGUCAGUGAAUUGAAAAAAAAAAAUUAUGGUAGCCACGCAUUAAAAUCUUGUGAUUUGUGUUGGACAAUAAUGUAUAGCGUUAUGGGAAUACACGAACUUUGCAGUGACGGCUGUGAUUUUACAAUAUUAUACGAGAGAUCCGCGCGGAUAAACCCGUGCGAUUUGUUAAUUUUAAUGUAUAAAGUUUAGCAAAAUGUAUUUAGAAAAGAUUAUUUUCAUGAAAUCUACAUGAAUUUCUCUCCAGUGCCAAAUGAAAAAACUAAGUUUUUUUUUUGUUUUUCACACUUGCCAAAAUCACACACAAACUUAUUAUAUUCUUUCCAAAUCUUUUUAUGUAGAUGAUUGUUUUUAUCUCAAGUUAAUGUAUGUUUUUGAUUGUAAAAUAGUUAGUUUUAAAAGUUUUAUAUAGAUUACACAAUGUACAAAUAAUUGUAUUGUUGUUAUUUGACUAGAAAUUACUUAUGAAUAGAUGAAUAACUGCAUAAAAAAAUGUAUCAGAAAAUUUUGUAUAAAUUUUAUCCUCUUCCAACUCAUCUUCCAUAAUCUGAAAACAUGUCAAACUAAAAGCAUUUGAAGUAGACAGGUUAUUGCCUUUAAUAGAAAUUUAGAUAUUAAAAACCUAUUGUACAGAAAUAUCAUAAGUGUUAGUUUUUAUAGACAAUUUUGUUAACUUUAUAAAUAUAUUAAUUGUCUGUAAAAUAUAUAUAUAAAGUUAUUUC